GCAGGUGACUCCGUUGCGGUUCCGUCUACAAACUGGCAAAUCCGCGUGAAAGUCACCUCCGUUGUACUGCUCCAAUACGGAUCCUGCCCGGGAUGGGUUUUAGUGGACGGGUUCCGUCUACAAACCGGCAAAUCCGCGUGAAAGUCACCUCCGUUGUACUGCUCCAAUACGGAUCCAGCCCGGGCCGGGAUUUAGUGGGCGGGAACAACAAUCGCAAAUCAGAUUCGGGCCGUAUCCGUGGAAACGAGCGCGCGUCUGGAUUUUUUUGAAGAGGAUCAAGGAGCAGUUUCUUUACUACAUACACGAUUUUUCAAGAUGUUUUUACUUGUUGAAUUUGUGGAGACAAAGACUCUUAACAUCAUUUCUGAGUCAUGGUUUGAGGAUGGUGUCACUUGGUGGCCAAACUAUAAAAGUGAUGACCGCAUAAACCGAGCUAUCCAAAAAAAGGAAGAGCCAGGAGGAGACUGGAAAAAGUACGACGUUCGAGUCCUCUUAAGAGCUGGUGAUUACCUUAAAGCAAGAGAGAAACUGAAGGCCUCACUGACCUGUAAUACUUCUGAGUUACAAACAGAUGGCGAGGAAGAAGUGAUUAGGAAGAGAAAAAUUAAGCCAAGGAAAAUCUUUGGAGAUACGGACUCUGACAGUGAGCCAGAAGAGGGAACAAAGAGGAAAUACCACAAUCUCACCAAUUGUCCAGCACCACCUAUUCCUGCACCUACUCCAGACAUACCAUCAACUGACACCUGCCAGGAUUCCUUCAGACCACGGCUAGACCUGAGGCAAACUGAAUCUUCUUCUUUCACUGAUUUUACAGCAGCACCACCUGUCCCAUUUAAUGCAUCAGGCAUUCAUUUGAGUCCUCUACACCACUGCUCUGUUGGACAGACAGAUGUUCCAGAUCUGACCCAUGCUAAAAAUGGUUAUUACACAGUGCCUCCAGUUGCUGCACCUACAGGUCCAUCAAGCUCUGUGGGCCACAUCUCAAAUGACCGUUCCUUUAGGCCCACAUUUAGACCAGUGAGGACAGGAACUGAAACUAUCCCUUGCUCUGCCGCACCACCUGUCCCAUUUAAUACAUCAGGCAUUCCUUUGAGUCCUCUACGCCACUGCUCUUUUGGACAGACAGAUGUCCCAGAUCUGACCCAUGCUGAAGAUGGCUAUUACACAGUGCCUCCAGUUGCUACACCUACAGGUCCAUCAAACUCUGUGGGCCACAUGUCUGCAAUGUCAAAUGACCGUUCCUUUAGGCCCACAUUUAGACUGGGGAGGACAGGAUCUGAAACUAUCCCUUGCUCAGCUGCUCAGCUGCACAUUCUCACAUUGUUAGAAAAUGUGAAGGAACAGCAAAUGCAGCUUGCUGCUGCUGUCAAUACACUUGCUAAACGUAUUGGGACAGAGACUCCGGUGGCUGAAAUGCCACACAAUAUAUGUGUUCCACUGGCCACUAUGCCUGAAGUUGAGGAGUUGGAGGAGUGGCUGAAAGAUGCAAGGAAUGCACGGGCUAAACAAAACAUGAUAUCUGCUCUGGGUGCUGUUGGUGGACAGAACACAAAACAAAUCACUUGGAACAUACUUCACAGACUCUUUUUUGAUUCUGUAGCUAAAAAAAUUAACUGGAAAGGAGUGAAUGGGAAGAAGUGUUUUAAAGAAAUGCUCACAAGAAAUUUGCUGAUUAGAGCUGUAAGAAGCAACCAGUCCUCUACUGGUGCAGCUGAUACCGAGAUCGACUCUUACUCCAUUCGUUGGUUCAAUCUUGCCUCUGACCGUGGUGGCGGCCGAAAAGAACGUGCUAGAGCCAAAGAGGCAAUAAAUGAGAUGUCUGAUGGGAAUUAAACCACAUGUGUAGUUCCAUGGCCUUCCUACCCGUCAUUCCCUUUCCGUUUGGUUCAUCUUUGUCCGGUUCAUGAUAUGAAUUUUAUUGCGUUUUGUUUUUUCAAUUUCUUCGCAGCUUUUCGCUGCCUCUUUUCUGUUCCAGGCAUAUUGUGUGAUAAAUGAAUUCAUGUCACUACUGUAAUGAUCCAGUUCUGUUUUUCCCUAGUCCUGUACUCUUAUUUUGAAGUUCUGUCCGCCAUGUUUGGUAGUCUUUUAUAGUUCUUUUAUUUAUUGGUUGGUGUGUUGAUUGUCUCCCCAGGUGUGUCUUGUUAUUUCGUUGACCCUGUGUAUAUAUAGCCCUAGUGUUUUAGUUGUCCUUGGUCAGUCUUUGUUAAUGUAAUGUAUUGGUUCCUUGUUACUUGGCAUAUCUUGUUUCUGUGUUUGUUUUGUGUUUUUAUUCAAUAAAUGUCUGCA